CUGAUCACCCAAACAGUUGCUUUCUGGUUAGGGAACGGAGAAGACGAGGUGUAGAGGUUCAGAUUUAGGAACUCUUUGUGAAAGCAGUGCAACAACAACUUGUCUCAUACUUUAACUUUAAACAACAUCGUUUUGUGCGCGACAGUAAACAUCGAGCAACAUUGUGAUAUCAAACGACGUACUUAUUAGUAUUCUGUGCACGUCCCAGUAAGACUACAGUUAGCAACAAUGGAAGUUCUUAACAUUUCAAAUGUCGACUACAAUAAUCAAGAAGCUUGGUCCUAUGAUAGUGAUCCCUUCACGGACGAUGAAGGUGAGUGCGCAAAGACCAUCAACGCGCUCGCCGAUCGGCUUGUAGAGGAGUUGAAGAACGCAAAACGGGAUCACUUCUCCAGCGGCGAGGUGCUGUUGCCGGCAGGUCUGCUACAGCGCAUCAGCCGUGAUAUUCUUGCGGAGGCGGAACGCGAACCGUGCGGUCUGCGCGGUUGCACACUCUACUUGCGCUUCAAGGGCGAAGAGGCGGCGCGCGAGAUAACACUUGGUACCGUCAAGUUUGACCGUGCAACCGCCUCCACCUUCGAAGUUACGCUACUUCUCAAACAAUCAACUGCUGGGUGGAACUUUUUCUUGCCACAAUUCCUGAAAAAAAUUACUCGAGGUGGUACUGUGAUGAUAGAUGCUGAUUACAAAUUGCAAAAGAACAAACUGUAUCGUUCUUACUGCGAUUAGAUCCGCACAAUCGACGUCCAUCCCUCCUUCAAGCCCUCUUCUUCAACAGUCGGCGCCAUCGUCUCUUCAAUUUUCUGACGGUGCGCAACCUGGUAUGCAAAUCUUCUGUCUGUAUAAGUAGCGCGGCGACGAUAGAAACGUUUUUUUUUAAUGAAAAGAAAAACGGUGAUGACACGUGAUAGAAAGCAAGGAGUUGUUGAGUGUGAGAGAAUGCGGGAAUGAAGGAGCGCAGGGAGAAACAACAAAUUUCUUUGCAAAUAAGUUAAGACUGAACGCCAUUUUCGCCAUGGAAUGAGAAAUAUAUCAUAUUCACAUGAUAACAAAUUAAUUAUUAAAAGGCAAACAAAAAAAUUGGAUUCGAACGCGUAUCAUAUCACGUUUUCAUAGUUACGCAGAAUUGGUGACAAUGGAAAUGCAAUUUCAUUGAAUAUUUAUAGAAGUUUCGUUGCAAAUUCAUUAACUUAUCGAAACAUCGUCGCGUUUUUCUUCAAGAAGAUGACACGACUCCAACACAAACAUACAUACGUGUUAUUUAUUUUUUAAUUAAUGUCUGUUAAUUAAUCAUUACUUCAUUACUAUUCAUUAAGAUCAUUAUUAUUAAUUGAGAUAAGAGAAUUGCUUUAAGGUUUAAUACUUUUAAAAUGAUGAAAAGAGCAAGCAAGCAUGUGAGAAAAGCGAAACGUGAUAAUAACAUAGCAAACAAAACACUAAUAUGAGAGAGAGAGAGAAAUUUUUAUUAUUCAUUUCGAAAUAAUUUCAAGUGCAACUAAAAACAUUUUCCUUUAAUUUCAACCCGGAAAAUGCGGAUUUUUUGCAAUAAAAAUCAAACUGAGAACAGAAUAUCGAUUUGCUUUAGAGUUUAGUUUGUUUGAAUUUUGAAUUUUUAUCGUGUGGCACUGGCCAACGAGAAAUAUUGAAUCGAAAUAUCAGUAUUUUGUAAUUUUUAUGUACUUCUAUGCUUAAAUUAUGUUCGGAAUCGAAUCUGCAAUUGCAACAAAUGGGAAAUCGAUGAAAACGAAUUAUUCAACAAACAAAAAAAAAUUGUUAGCUUCUUAUUUUGUGAUAUUAGUUAGUUUUUGAAGAGAUGAAGAAAACAAAUCGUCAACUUCAGAAGCGCACACAUCGAGCGAUCCUCUCGAGAGAUCAGAGCUUUAACUUUCAUCGGCUUUAAUGAAACGAACGCGAAACCAAACGACCAAAAAACAACCGUUCACAAUUACAAAAUUUUGAGGAUCGUACUUUAAAGAGAUGUGGAAUUAUCUUCGCUAUCAAUGUCAAUGUGAUUUUAUUAAUUGAGAAAUUUAAGCGAAAAUACAAGUGUGACGGUCAUCAUGUUGAUCUCAGAAUUUUUCGUGGUGGAGAAUUAAAUUUACGUUUCCCGUUUUUUUAAAUCCAAGAGAAAAAUACAAAAAAAAUUUAAUCAACUAUUAUUAUUAUCAUAUAUAUAUAUUAAAAUAUAUAUAUAUACGAAUUAUUGUGAAGAAAUGUAUUUGUAUAAUGUAUAAAUAAGGAACAAACAAAUGUAUAUGUAUAAGUUAUAUUGAUAACUGGCAAAGUCGGGACGGAAUUAAUGGCGGCCGUGCAGAUGGAGAAGAAAUUGUGAAAAUACAAAAAAAAAUUGUGAACGAUAAUGAAUUUGUGUUACUAGAUUUUAGUAGAUAUUAUCUAAUUAUAGUAUAUUAUAUAUUUAUGUACGAGAAAUGCAGAGAUACAUGUUGCAGAAGCAAAGAAAGUGAGAGGCUAUCGAAUGAUCUAUAUCUUUAUUCAUGGAGGCACAGAGGCGGUUGGCGGCGGGUGGUACAGUCUUCUAUCAAGAUUAUUUAUUCAUGUAUUAGUCGUCUUCGUUGACGACUGCGCCAUUCCGCCACCAAUCAGCGCUCUAUUGUGUCAAAAAACACACUUUUCGGCAAAUUGUCCAAAUCUUUUGCGAAACACACUGAUAUAAUGUGAACUAACGAUGGUAGCAUCCGUAGAUUUUUGUAUUCUAACAAUAUUGUAUAAUGAUAAGAAAUAUAACUGUGUGAUAGUGCGUCCGGCCACGUUUUUGCUGGCCGUGAUAAAAGCACACGUCUCAAUCGAUGAAACAUGAAGCUUUUUUGUAAAAAAAGAUUGAUACAAUGAUACAUAUAUAUAUAUAUAUAUAUAUGAUAUAUUGAAGAAUGCUGAAGAAAUGAUUACUGAGAUGAUACAAAAUCUGAAAAUAUUUAAUAAAUAUUAUAUAUUGACGUACAAAA